GCAUCCCACAAACGUGUCUGGUUUGCCCUCAACUGGCUGCCGGGCUCCACUAGCCUGUGUCGGGCAUGGCUUGCCGCUGAAGGGCUGGCGCUGCCCUCCAUUCGAGAUCAUGUGCCCGGGCACGGCGGCCCUGGCCCCAGCCAGCGUUAUGAGCGACCCAGAGUAUAAGGCCCCCAGGAUGCAGCUGUCGCUGGCGGACUUUGAGCUUCUGCGCCGCAUCGGGGACGGCAGCUACUCGCACGUUGUGCUGGCGCGGCACCGCGCCACGGGGCGAGACUACGCGCUGAAAGUGAUCGACAAGCAGUACAUUAUGAGGCACCGUGUGGUGGACUACAUCCGCAAGGAGCGCCAGAUCCUGGACGCGCUGCAGUACGACGGCAUCGCCAAGCUGUACUUCACUUUCCAGGACGCGUACUCGCUGUACCUUGGCCUGGAGUACUGCCCCAACGGCGAGCUCUACGACCAGAUCCGGCUGCAGGGGCGGCUGCCGGAGGCCACGGCGGCGGCGUACGCGGGGGAGGUGGUGCUCAUGCUGCGGUACCUGCGCCAGCAGGGCGUGGUGCACCGCGACCUCAAGCCCGAGAACCUGCUGCUGGACGGAGAGGGCCACCUGAAACUCAUAGACUUUGGGUCCGCAAAACAGCUGGCCCCGGAAGAGGAGCAGGCCGCGCAUGCGGACGCGCCACCGGACGCCGCCGCAAAGGCCGGCGGCGCAGCGGCGAAGCAUGCCGCUGCCCAGCCGGGGAGCGUGGCGGCGGCUGUGGUGGACGGCGCGGCGGCAGGCGGCGAGGAUGGCGGCACGGAGGCUGGCGGCAGCGAUGCAGAGCAGGCUGGCGGGAGCGGCGAGGAGGAGCCUCUGGCCGAGGCCUCCCAGAGUUCAGAGGAGGAAGGGGAGGGCGCCGGAGCGGACGGAGAAGCGGGGCCGCGCGCCGAGGGAGGGUCGGGGCUGGGCGCGGAGCGGAGCAAGCGUGCGGUGUCGCUAGUUGGUACUGCAGACUACGUGUCACCAGAGAUACUGAACAACCGCGCCGUGACCUGCGCCGCUGACCUGUGGGCCCUGGGCUGCGUGGUAUACCAGAUGCUGGCGGGGCGCCCGCCCUUCAAGUCGCCCUCGGAGUACCUGACUUUCCAAAAGAUUGUGGAGGCAGACUACGAGCUGCCAGAGGGCGGGUCCGAGGCGGCCGCCGACCUCGUUGCCCGCCUGCUGCGAGUGGAGCCAGCGCAGCGCAUCGGGGCUGCUGACCUGGCGGAGCUCCAGGCCCACCCUUUCUUUGCGGGCAUCGACUGGGAUACCCUGCGCAGCCAGCCGGCCCCGGAGUUUAUGCCCGACAUCGACCCAGGUGAGCAGCUGGUGGGCAGCUGGCGGGCGGCUGGUAUCCCCGCUACCUACUGGUAG